UCACCACGGUCCAUACACCGCCAGUGGAACAAGUUUCAGCAAGGUUGUUUCAGGAUCCAAUUGGAUCGCGUUCUGCCUUGAGCCCUUGGAGCCACAGAUCCCACCCCGGCCGUGUUUUUUUUAGCGCCGUUAUCGGGAUGUCGGAGAUCAAGCGCAGCUUCAAUGAUGAGAUGGGUUACCUCAAGCGCGAGGAUACCACCUCCUACUCCAUCCGGCCAGGCUUUGUGCAAGGAAUGAACGUCCCCGGCAAGUUCUACGUCAACGAUCAGCUGGAACGUUUGAUGUUGGAUGAACUCCGAAGUUUCUCCAGGCAGUCCCACAAUGCCGGUGGCUUCCUCCCAGCGGUGAAGCAGAUCGGCAAUGUGGCCGCACUGCCCGGCAUUGUGAAGCACUCCAUCGGCCUUCCAGAUAUUCACAGUGGAUAUGGUUUCGCUAUCGGCAACGUUGCGGCCUUCGAUAUGGGUUUGCCAGAGGCGGUGGUCUCCCCUGGUGGGGUCGGCUUUGACAUUAACUGUGGAGUGCGAUUGGUUCGCACCAAUCUCCUCUUCUCGGAUGUGCUGCCCGUGAAGGAGACGCUUGCACAGUCGCUCUUCGAUCACAUUCCGGUCGGUGUGGGAUCCAUGGGAAUCAUCCCAACCAAGGAACAAGACCUGGAGGAGGCUUUGCAGAUCGGCAUUGACUAUUCCUUGCGCGAAGGAUAUGCCUGGCCAGAAGACAAAGAGCACUGUGAAGAGUAUGGCCGCAUGUUGAACGCUGAUCCAGGAAAGGUUUCCAGCAGAGCCAAAAAGCGUGGGCUGCCGCAGUUGGGCACCUUGGGUGCAGGAAAUCAUUACGCAGAGAUCCAGGUGGUGGAUGAGAUCUAUGAUGAGUUUGUGGCCAAAAAGAUGGGCAUUGACCAGAAAGGACAGGUCUGUGUCAUGAUCCACUCUGGCAGCCGUGGUUUGGGACACCAGGUCGCAACUGAUGCCCUGGUCGACAUGGAGAGAGCAAUGACUCGCGACAACAUCCGUACCAAUGACCGACAGCUGGCCUGCGCACGGAUCCACUCGGACGAAGGACAGCAUUAUCUUAAGGCGAUGUCUGCUGCAGCCAACUACGCCUGGGUGAACCGUUCGUCCAUGACGUUCCUGACGCGUCAGGCCUUUGCCAAGGUCUUCAACCAAUCGCCAGAAGAUUUGGAUAUGCACGUGAUCUAUGAUGUGUCGCAUAACAUCGCCAAAGUGGAGGAGCAUUUUGUGGAUGGUACCUGCAAACAGCUGCUUGUCCAUCGCAAGGGCUCGACCCGAGCAUUCCCGCCUCAUCAUCCGCUGAUUCCUGUGGACUAUCAGCUCACAGGGCAGCCAGUGAUCGUCGGAGGAACCAUGGGCACAUGCUCCUAUGUGCUAACUGGCACUGACAAGGGAAUGAGAGAGACCUUUGGAUCUACCUGUCACGGUGCAGGGCGUGCACUAAGUCGAAACAAGUCCCGCAACAAUUUGGAUUAUGGAGACGUGCUGAAGAGACUGGAGGACAUGGGAAUUUCCAUCCGCGUGGCCUCGCCCAAGUUGAUCAUGGAAGAAGCUCCGGAGAGUUACAAAGAUGUGACGCAAGUGGUACAGACUUGCCAUGAUGCCGGGAUUUCCAAGAAAGCCAUCAAACUGAAGCCAGUGGCCGUGGUCAAAGGUUGAGGUGAUUAUUGAAGCCAUGUAGGGCUGGAUCCAAACCAGAGCAGCAAAUGAAAAUGGAACGCGAUGGGCAAAGGGGACGGAGCAUCCCACAUGAGUACGUUUUUAUAUGCUUGUAGG